UCUUUUUGAUGUCAAUUGUCGAAGUUGAUCCACUGUAAAAAAGACACGUCCAAUAUUUCUGAAAAUCAUCAAGUUUCCAUACAUGUCAACAAAGUAAACCUCAAUCAUUCAAAAAUCUCUGUACUGCCAUGCUGUAAAUUUGUUUAAAAGGCGACGAAAAAUAUUAUAAAUUGCAAAUGUUUGAUUUAGGAGACUGGUUCAGGAGUAUUCCUGUUUUCACAAGAUACUGGUUUAGCGGAUCUAUAGUUUUUACUCUUUUAGGCAGAUUUGGUGUCGUUAAUCCUUAUAAUUUAAUUUUGUUAUAUGAACCUCUCAAGAAGUUACAGUUAUGGAGAUUGGUUACAAGUGUAUUGUACUACCCUAUCCAACAAGCUGGAUUUCACUAUCUUAUAAAUCUCUAUUUCCUCUAUAAUUAUUCUCGUCGGCUAGAGGAAGGUCAAUUUGCCAAUAAACCUGCUGAUUAUCUAUUUAUGUUAUUAUUCAAUUGGUCUUGUUGCGUAGUUCUUGGAUUGGUAGCUGAAUUACCUAUUUUGAUGGAUCCAAUGAUUCUUUCCGUUCUUUACAUUUGGUGCCAGCUUAAUAAGGACACUGUAGUAUCAUUUUGGUUUGGUACUCGUUUCAAGGCUAUCUAUCUACCAUGGGUACUUUUAGGUUUCAAUUUGGUUUUAAGUGGUGGUGGAGUUAUGGAACUGUUUGGCAUAUUAGUCGGCCACCUCUACUACUUCCUCAUGUUCAAAUAUCCUCAGGAAUUAGGUGGUCCUACGUUACUACAAACACCAUCAUUCUUGAAGGCAUUGUUUCCAGAUCAAGUUGGAGAAUGAACAAUCAGUCUUCUAACUCAAGAAUCAAUACAAAUUCUACGUUAAACACAAAACAGAUUAUAAACUAUGAUUUGAAGCUGCUGUACUGGAUAUUCAAAUAUAAUGCAAUUUGUUACUUUCUCAAAUAUUGCCCAAAACAUUUUUAUAUUUAUUUUGAAUCAAUAAAAAGUAAUUGGAAAUGUUUUUUGUAUCAUUUAGGUGUCUAUGGUUUUGGAACUGCACCUCAAAGGCCUCAAGGAGGGGGCGGCGGCGGCGGCAGGCCGGCUGGUGGAUUCUUUGGAGGACAUAAUUGGGGAAGAGGACAUACAUUAGGAGGGAAUUGAAAAUAUGCAUAGUGCAAGGACAAUAUGUGAAUAUAUUUAAAAAAUAUUAACUACUAUUAAUGUUUAUAUUUUUUUAAUAUCAACAAAUAUCUGUGUGAAAAGCGUUUUUCAUCCAAUAAAAUUUUUAAAAU